AUUGUGGAUGUGUUCAUGGAGAACAGUCUUAUCCAGCAAUGCACUUCCUUCCUGCUGGAUGCUCUGAAGAAUAACCGUCCUGCAGAAGGCCACCUUCAGACACGUCUGCUGGAGAUGAAUUUGAUUCAUGCCCCACAAGUUGCAGAUGCCAUCCUUGGAAACCAAAUGUUUACACACUAUGAUCGUGCUCAUAUUGCGCAGUUGUGUGAAAAGGCAGGCUUGCUCCAGCGAGCUUUGGAACACUACACGGAUCUCUAUGAUAUUAAACGUGCUGUUGUUCACACUCACCUUUUGAAUCCUGAGUGGCUUGUGAACUUCUUUGGUUCUCUGUCCGUUGAAGACUCUGUGGAGUGCUUGCGUGCCAUGCUGUCGGCCAAUAUCAGGCAAAACCUACAGCUCUGUGUGCAAGUCGCUUCUAAAUACCAUGAACAACUUGGCACCCAGGCUCUUGUGGAGCUUUUUGAGUCUUUCAAAAGCUAUGAAGGACUGUUCUAUUUCCUGGGUUCCAUUGUAAACUUCAGUCAAGAUCCAGACGUCCACUUCAAGUAUAUCCAGGCAGCUUGCAAGACUGGUCAGAUAAAGGAAGUAGAAAGGAUCUGCCGUGAGAGUAACUGCUAUAACCCAGAACGAGUGAAGAAUUUUUUGAAGGAGGCAAAGCUCACGGACCAGCUUCCUCUGAUCAUUGUCUGCGAUCGAUUUGAUUUUGUUCAUGACCUGGUGCUCUACUUAUAUCGCAAUAACCUGCAGAAGUAUAUAGAGAUCUAUGUACAGAAGGUGAAUCCCAGCCGUAUACCAGCUGUGGUUGGAGGGCUUCUGGAUGUGGAUUGUUCUGAAGAUGUCAUUAAGAACUUAAUCAUGGUGGUUAGAGGGCAAUUUUCAACAGAUGAACUGGUAGCCGAAGUGGAGAAAAGAAACCGGCUUAAAUUGCUGUUGCCUUGGCUUGAAUCAAGAAUUCACGAAGGUUGUGAAGAACCUGCCACUCAUAAUGCCUUGGCCAAAAUCUACAUUGACAGUAAUAAUAAUCCAGAGCGGUUUUUUUACUAUGACAGCCGUGUAGUAGGCAAAUAUUGUGAGAAGAGAGACCCUCAUCUGGCCUGCGUUGCUUAUGAGAGGGGGCAGUGUGAUCUGGAACUCAUAAAGGUUUGCAAUGAGAACUCGCUGUUUAAGAGUGAAGCUCGCUAUCUGGUGCGCAGGAAGGAUCCUGAGCUCUGGGCAAAUGUUUUGGAGGAAAACAAUCCAUUCAGGCGGCAGCUUAUUGACCAGGUUGUCCAAACAGCUUUAUCAGAGACACAGGACCCAGAAGAGGUUUCUGUCACUGUGAAGGCUUUCAUGACUGCUGACCUGCCUAAUGAAUUGAUUGAGUUAUUGGAAAAGAUUGUCUUGGACAAUUCUGUAUUCAGUGAACACAGGAAUCUCCAGAACUUGCUGAUCCUGACUGCCAUCAAGGCUGACCGCACUCGUGUCAUGGAAUACAUCAAUCGACUCGAUAACUAUGAUGCCCCAGAUAUUGCGAAUAUUGCCAUCAGCAACGAGCUCUAUGAAGAAGCCUUUGCCAUUUUCAGAAAAUUUGAUGUUAAUACUUCUGCCAUCCAGGUGCUGAUUGAACACAUUGGCAAUUUGGACCGUGCCUAUGAAUUUGCAGAGAGAUGCAAUGAACCGGCAGUGUGGAGCCAGUUAGCUAGAGCACAGCUUCAGAAGGACUUGGUGAAAGAAGCCAUUGACUCCUAUAUAAAGGCGGAUGAUCCAUCUGCCUACAUGGAGGUUGUUCAAGCAGCUAAUAAAAAUGAUAACUGGGAGGACCUAGUCAAAUUCUUACAGAUGGCCAGGAAGAAGGCUAGAGAGUCUUAUGUAGAGACUGAACUUAUUUUUGCUUUGGCAAAAACCAAUCGUCUCUCAGAACUGGAAGAGUUUAUUAGUGGCCCUAAUAAUGCCCACAUACAGCAGGUUGGUGAUCGCUGUUAUGAAGAAGGGAUGUAUGAAGCUGCAAAGCUGCUCUAUAACAAUGUAUCUAACUUCGCUCGCCUGGCAUCUACGUUGGUGCACCUUGGAGAGUACCAGGCUGCGGUGGACAGUGGCCGCAAAGCCAACAGCACAAGGACAUGGAAGGAGGUCUGUUUUGCCUGUGUGGAUGGAAAGGAGUUCCGCUUGGCACAGAUCUGUGGUUUGCACAUAGUAAUCCAUGCAGAUGAACUUGAAGAGCUGAUUAGUUAUUAUCAGGAUCGUGGCUACUUUGAAGAACUGAUUGCCCUUUUAGAGGCCGCUUUGGGUCUCGAACGUGCUCACAUGGGAAUGUUUACUGAACUGGCCAUCUUGUACUCCAAAUUCAAGCCUCAAAAAAUGAGGGAACAUCUGGAACUCUUCUGGUCUAGAGUUAAUAUUCCAAAGGUGCUCAGAGCUGCAGAACAGGCUCAUCUGUGGGCAGAACUUGUAUUUCUGUAUGACAAAUAUGAGGAAUAUGACAAUGCAAUAAUUACAAUGAUGAAUCAUCCCACUGAUGCUUGGAAAGAAGGGCAGUUUAAAGACAUAAUUGCCAAGGUGGCCAACGUGGAGCUGUACUACAAAGCCUUGCAGUUCUACUUGGACUACAAACCUUUGCUGAUCAAUGAUCUUCUGCUUGUAUUAUCUCCACGGCUGGAUCACACCAGGACAGUCAAUUUUUUCUCAAAGGUUAAUCAGCUACUUCUAGUAAAGCCUUAUCUGCGUUCAGUCCAGUUAUUCUGUAUUAUCUCAUUGACUUCUGUUUGGAAGCUGUCCUAUCUGGCUUCUAAAGAAUUAGCUUUUCUGUUAAGACAAGGUUUGAGAGCUUCCAUUGAUGCCUAUGACAACUUUGAUAACAUAACGUUGGCUCAGCGCCUGGAAAAACAUGAACUGAUUGAGUUUAGGCGUAUUGCAGCAUACUUGUAUAAGGGGAAUAACCGCUGGAAGCAGAGUGUGGAGCUGUGCAAGAAGGAUCGUCUGUAUAAGGAUGCCAUGCAGUAUGCUGCAGAAUCCAAAGAUGCAGAACUAGCUGAGAAGCUGCUUCAGUGGUUCCUGGAAGAAGGCAAGCAGGAGUGCUUUGCAGCCUGCCUCUUCACAUGUUAUGACUUGCUGCACCCAGACGUAGUCCUCGAGUUGGCAUGGAGGCAUAACAUCAUGGACUUUGCAAUGCCUUAUUUCAUCCAAGUGAUGAGAGAGUACCUUACCAAAGUUGAUGGGCUGUUCUAUAAGGUGGAUAAACUUGAUGCUUCUGAAAGCCUAAGAAAAGAAGAGGAACAAGUAGCUGAACCCACUCCAAUAGUAUUUGGUCAGCAGCUGAUGUUGACAGCAGGCCCCAGCGCGGUACCUCCCCAGCCAAACUUCCCCUAUGGAUACACAGCACCAGGAUUCACCCAGCCGCCUGUUUAUGGUUUCAAUAUGUAACUAGCUCUCUGACAGACCUUUGCUGUCUCUGUUCUCUUCCUUCCCGUCCCUUUUUAACUUCUCCAAGAAGUGUACAAUGGUUCUAAGGCACAGAUGACCCUCUGUUGGCUGAACACUUGCUGCCCUGCUCAGUGAGGAGACUUCAACGGAUGCCUGUUACUGUUAUUUAUUGAUUAUUGUCCAGUUACAUUUCAACCUCUGAAAGGCAGCUUUUGUUAAUGACAUUGUGAGACUCUUGUCUGAAGUUAAGGCACUAUUUCACUAACUCAUACAGCAAUAGUGGCUUGAGGCCAGGGGGAAGAGUAUUUUUUUUUGCCUU